AUGGCGUCCGGAUACAACUCGAAUUUCUCUGGGACGUCGAUCCAGCACCGAGCCGCCGGCGAUGGGCGCUCCUUAUCUAGCCAGGAUGACGGACUCGUGGAUGGUAGCUGGCCCGGGCCUGCUUCAUCGAGACCUGCGAGGAAUCGUCGCUCCGAGUCUGGAGGCAGCGCGAGCAUAGGUCCGCGGGUGUCGUCGCUGGCUCCUUCCACAGCAGGGCCCGGCAGCUUCAGUGCUGAGCUCAAGAGCAUGAAAUCUUCUCGGAGUACGACCCCGCGAGCUGAUGUACGGCCCGACUACGUACGAAGACCCAGCAGCAUCGACUAUGACGAGCUGCCGACUUCGGAGGACCGCCAGGCAGCAAUACGGGAUAGGAUUGCUAAGGAGCUGAAGAUCAAGACUGGGACGGAGAAUAUGCUGGAAGUGUUGUUGACGAAGAACCCGAAACAAACAAGGGACCAAAGAUUGAGGGCAGAGUCAGAGUUGACAUCGUCGAACCGCAAGCUCGCGGAACUACAUCAUGAACUUGAGGAGGAACAAUUACGUGCGCAGGCGCCUUCAACCCCUCCUCGGAGCCGUCUGUCUGGCCUUUUCCAGGGGCCUUCGAUACGGUCGCCGUCCCGUGCUAAUAUGUCCGAUGGUGAGCGGUUGGAUGAUAUCGAGGCGGAGAUGGAGUCACCGACUUAUGUGCUAGCGGAGACCCUCCAGGCCCUCGAAAUCGAGUUGAUGUCACCUGAUUACUAUGUUGAGCGUGCAAACAGUUUGGUGGAACUUUUCAGGCGGCAUCCUACUCUGAAGUAUGAUCUUGCUUGGUCAGUUUUCGGUUUGCGUGUUCAAGUUAUGCUUCUAAGCGACAGCAAGGAAGUAGUCGCAGCUGGCUAUCGGUUGACUCGGUAUGCUAUUGCAGACCGGAAAUCGCUUCAGAUGAUUCGUUCCCUUCACACGGAUGAGCUUGUGAUACUGUCGUUGGUCAAAGAGAGCAAAGCAAAUCUCGAACGUGAGCAGGCCUUGAAGUUCGUGCGGGCGUUCCUCGAUGUCAAAGACGGUGUAAAGGAGAUUUCGCGUGCUGUUGUCCGGACAAUUGUCUCUGUUGCUGAGCAUCAUGAUGACCGCCUCCGAAACAUCUCACUUAUGACCCUCGCCGAAAUCCUGGUGAGAGACCCUCAGUUGAUAUCGUACGCGGGUGGGUUCUCCCCGUUACAUGACGCUUUAUCAGAAGGAACGUUUGGUGCGUCGGAGAGCUUGAUAACAUGCUUCCUGCAUGUGCUCGACACCCCUCACAGCAGGAUGCAUUUACGGGGAGGGUGCGAACUCGAGGCUGUCCUCGCGCCAUUCACAGACUCGUUGUCGGACAACAUUCGCAAUGGACGUCUAAAAUCAUCAGCAAAGGCAAUCUCCGCAAUGUUAAAGACAUGGCCAGGGUUAGUGAUCCUGGGAAAAAAUAGGGCAAAGCCUCUGAGGUCACUUCUAGAGUCAUUACAUUAUCCAGACCCGCAGGCAAGGGAUCUUAUUAUGGAACUUCUGUUCGAUGCUCUGAGGAUUAAGCCGCCAUCGUGGUCCUCUUCAUUUCUCGCUGGACGACGACUUACAACAUACGGUAGAGUUGCAAACCUGAGGUCGGAGUCUGACACAAGGCAACUGCGGAACUUUUUUGACAGCAGUGAAAGCCAGUUUGACUUGACUGCGCACUUUUCUACUCUUAUUCUCGCCGCCUUGAUUGAUGCUGGCUUGUCCAAGGCGCUCUGUGAUCUCAUCGAAGAGGAAGAAGACUUGUCGCUCAGGCGAAAAGCGACCCUGCUGUUAACAGAAGUUCUAAAGCUGGCCCACCAUUCCUUACCCUCAAACGUCAGUGCGAAGCUCCAGGUUCUCCCGCAUCUGAUCUCGCCCGCGAUUACCUUUGAUGUUGAAAACCAUGACGUAUCGACGUCUACUAUUUAUCAAAUAGAAAGCAUCAACAGAACACUAGCUCGAUCUCUCGGCGGUCUCGCCAAUGGAGCCGGAAGAUAUAGCGUCGACGUUGAUAUAUCCGCCUCUCUUCUCUCUGGUGAUCAAAACAAAGACAAACUGAGCCCGGCGAUGGAUGAGACAACUUUCCGCAACGCAAUCUUGGAGACACAUGUCUUGAAUACUGUCAACUAUCUCAAGUGGAAGUGGGACUUGAUUCAUCGUAUUGUGGAAGGCCCCCUUUCAAACCCCAAGAGGUUGGACGAAGCGAUCAAGGGAUCCAAGUUCAUGAAACGUCUCAUGGGCUUCUAUCGUCCCUUCAAAUAUAGAUUCUCGGUACUUCCGAAUACGAAACCAAAUCAGCGAUAUGUUCGCACUGGUUGCGCCUUAAUGCGCUGUCUGGUGCAGACGACAGAAGGCACGAGAUAUCUGGCCGAAAACAAGUUCCUGCGACAGGUUGCCGAAUGUCUUGCCCAGGUGGACCACAUGAGUGGUCUGACAUCUUCUGCGCCUUUGUUCUCGCGGGAGCAGAUGGCCAAUACGCUGAGUGGCGGCUACUUCGCCAUGCUGGGAACCCUGAGCGCCGACGCCAAUGGGCUCGCUAUGAUGGAACGGUGGCACAUGCUCAAUAUGUUCUAUCAUAUUAUCGAGCUCCGAGAUCGUGACGACCUGAUACAAACACUCCUUGGAAACAUGGACUACACUCAAGGAAGCCAUCUUCAGGUUAUGCUAUCCAAAGCUCUUACUACUGGAUCUAAAGAAAUUCGAAUUUUCGGAACAAGACUCCUCCGAAAAUAUACUGUGGGGAAUGUGCCUCUGCAAUCGUCCGCAGCAAUUGGUAAUGCAGACUGGGUUAUCAAGCUCCUUGUUACUCAGUUGUAUGAUCCCGAUGUUGCCGUCUGCCAAGUAGCAGUGAAGAUUUUAGAAGAAGCAUGCAAUCAGCGCAACUAUCUCGAAAUUGUGGUCAAAUGUCGCCCGUCUCUGGACCACUUGGGUGAAAUCGGCGCUCCUUUGCUCCUGCGCUUCUUGUCGACUUCAGUGGGCUAUCAUUAUCUAGAUGGACUCGACUAUAUCACGCAGGAGAUGGAUGAUUGGUUCCUAGGACGGAACGAUGCAUACGUCAGCCUUGUCGAGGCCGCUUUAUCACGGGCCUAUGUUGAUCAACCUCGAAGAAAUAGUUUAGUGCCGGAGGACCUGGUAGAUCUCCAAGAUUUUGGCCUAGUACCUCCACACUUUUACAGAGAAUUGGCUCGGACAGCAGAGGGCUGCAAGCUUUUGGAGCAGUCAGGGCAUUUCUACGAAUUCGCUGCAACUAUCUCUGAUUUCCAACUUAACGAAGAGGACAAUGAGACUCUUCUCAAAGUCAAGGGUUGCCUCUGGGCAGUGGGCAAUGUUGGCUCGAUGGAGCUAGGUGCCCCGUUCUUAAGCCUAGAGCUUGUCCAGGAUAUUGUGAAGGUCGCUGAGUGCGCAGAGGUCUUGACAAUGAGAGGGACUGCCUUUUUUGUCUUGGGCUUAAUAUCACGCAGCCAACAUGGCCUGGAGGUUCUAAGACAAGCCGGGUGGGACUCUGCUAUUGAUCAAAAGGGAAAUUCGCUCGGCCUAUGUCUUCCUACGGACUUUGGCAAGCUGUUUUUGGUCGAUUUCCCGUCCUAUUCCCGACCCGCAGAAGCGAAGCGCACGUCUCAAGAGAAGCUCAAAGCAGCCACGUUGGAUCCUGACCCUGUUAACGAAAAGAUCCUGAAGCUUGUCGCCGAUAUGGGCAAUACCGUUUUGUCCAAGAGAGCGGCAGCGGAUCUUCAUAGCAUCAAAGCCAAGGACCCUGACCGGUUCCACCAGGUCCACCUCUUCAGCAAGACAUUAAGCAUCAUUGAAAGUCACCACUUCCGCCUGCCUGCCCGACGCUUCGCUCUCGAUCUUUUCGACAAGAGCGUGAUGCGGCGUGUGGUGCUAGAUGAACAGCCAGAGACUGACUCCGAUUCGGAAGCGAGCUCUUCACAAGCAUCGGAGUAG